UACGAAAAGAAAAUGUUGCCUUACAAUAUCAUAAAAGGAAACAUGACCACUUUUGGCGAUACGUCAAAAUGGUCUGAUGACGAUUGGGAAAAAUAUUAUGACUUGUGGAAAAAAUAUGUAUCACGUCGACCGCCUAUAAUUUACAAGAGUUUUCAUCUUGUCGAAUAUCCUUGUUUACCUGAAACAGUUACAUACGCACACGAGUUGCCUAACGAUUAUUCUUCUGAUAGUGACAUAGACUCGUGUGAGAAUAUCAAUCAAAAUGAUUAAAUUGUUAACCACAACUAAGAGACUACAUGAGUUGCAAGAUAUUGCACUUGCCCAUGUAGCUGACAAUACAAUACGAGAAGCCUCAAUUCUGAGCUCUCAAUUCGAUACACAAAUUUACAUUUACCAUUUCCCAGGAAAUCGGGAAAUUAGGAGCCGAAAUCUUAUUUAUUUUGGAAAUGAAAAGAUAUACUACUUGAUGAUGAAAAAUGACAGAAUUGCUGCGGACAAUGCUAUUUGUCUCUCGGUAAUUCUGCCCAAGAACAAAGCAUUAGAUUGGUUCGAUUAUUUUAAAGGACAGAUAGGUUUAUCCGUAUCUAUGGACAAAACAGAUCAUACCAGUGAAUCUGUACUCGGCAUCUAGUUUCUUGGGAAAUGUCAACUUUUAACCAGUACUACAAACAAAAUAUUUGCGCUUCAUAAUCGAGUUGAUGCGUCCAGUAUAAUAAGCAUACAAUUGUAAAAUAUGCCAGGAUCUGAAAAUCUUUAUCCCAUACAUUCAUUAGUCCCUGCUGACCCC